GUUUGCGGCUGCGUCCGCAUGGCAACCGUGAGCUGUGUACAAGAAAGAAGGCAGAAGUGACCUUUCUGGAGAGACUCUGGCUGGUAUUUCAACAUCCAAACACCAGUUUCUCGGCUCUGCUUCGUAGUUACACUUACAUUUGGAGUCUGCAGACGGAUUGGAGCGGCUUUAAUGCGGCGUGCUGUUGGUGCAGACUGACAGCCAGCUGUAAGCUGCCACAACAGAUUUGUAAUCAUGACGGCAGAGGAGACAAUCAGCAUUAAGGAGGCGGAGGUGAUCAAGGUGAUGCUGGACUUCCUGAACUCCAGGAAGCUGCACAUCAGUAUGCUGGCCUUAGAGAAGGAGAGCGGCGUCAUUAAUGGACUCUACUCCGAUGACAUGCUCUUCCUCAGGCAACUCAUUCUGGACGGGCAGUGGGAGGAGGUGAUGCAGUUCAUUCAGCCUCUAGAAGGAAUGGACACGUUUGACAAGAAAAGGUUCCGCUACAUCAUUCUGAAGCAGAAGUUUCUGGAAGCUCUGUGUGUAAAUAACGCCAUGUCUGCUGCUGAAGACCCUACGAACCUGGAGCUCACCAUGCAGGGGGCUGUCAAGUGCCUCCAUGAACUGGAGGAGUUCUGUCCGACCAAGGAGGACUACAGCAAGCUGUGUCUCCUCCUCACCCUGCCACGCCUCACCCACCACGCCGAGUUCAAAGACUGGAACCCAAGCACGGCACGUGUCCAUUGCUUCGAGGAAGCCUGCGCCAUGGUAGCUGAGUUCAUCCCUGCGGACAGGAAGCUGAGUGAGGCAGGCUUCAGGGCGAGUGGGAACCGCCUCUUCCAGCUGCUCAUUAAAGGGAUCCUUUACGAGUGCUGUGUCGAGUUCUGUCAGAGUAAAGCAACUGGUGAGGAGAUCACUGAGGGUGAAGUGUUGCUUGGCGUGGAUUUGCUUUGCGGGAAUGGCUGUGAUGAACUGGACUUGUCACUGCUCUCCUGGCUGCAGAACCUUCCUCCUGGUGCCUUCUCCUGCGCCUUCCAGCAAAAGACCCUCAACAUACACGUGGACCGUCUGGUGAAGCCUAGCAAGGCCGGCCACGCCGACCUCCUCACUCCGCUAAUCAACCGCCUGUCCCCCUGCCCUAACUCAUCCUGCCACCAGAGGCCUCAUUCGGCAGACACUUAUAUGUCCAGAUCCCUCAACCCAGCUUUAGACGGCCUGUCGCACGGUCUAGCAGCCCAGGACAAGAGAGGCAUGGAGGCCAACGUGAAGUCUGCCCUCAGUCGGAGCUUAGUGGAGAAUAAUGUGCAUCACCAGGACGAUUCACCUGAAAGGAAGCACCCACAAGGGCUGGACGGACCCAACACCACACGCACGCCUCUGACCCCUGGAAAAGAUGGGUCACCCUGCAGCACAGAAACAAAUGAGCAUGUUGACUCCACAGAGCACAUCCAGGAGUAUCACAGGCAGCGUCUCCGUGUUCAACAGCAUCUGGAGCAGAAGAAGCAGCAGAGACAACUUUACCAGCAGAUGCUGCUGGAGGGAGGGGUGAAGCCGCAAGACGGAGCCCAAAACAACCUCACUGAGACCUUCCUCAGCAGAUCCAUUCAGAAGUUGGAGGAGAUGAAUGUGAGCACUGACCACAGAGGCGAUGAGGUGAUGACACAUCUGGGCCAGCAGUGGAACGGACUGACAGAGAACGGCAGCACUUCAAGUCCCAGAACCAGCAACACCCACAACACCCCAGACACCGGGCCGCCAAAGGACAAGCCAGGUGGGGGGGUCAGCAGCACCCCGUUAAGGACCGGGAGCCCCGGCUUGCCUUCCCUCAGCGAGUCCCCAGUUCCUGGCAGUCAAAGUGGAGAGAGGAUCCGAGUGUCUUGUCCCACAGUCCAAGAUGAUUCUGCCUGCUCUGCGACACGUAACUCACAAGAGCCGGGGAAGUCCAAAACACAUUUUGUUAAAGUGAGCCAGCUGGAGGACACACAGGCGGUGCGUGCAGUGGCCUUCCAUCCCACUGGAGCGCUCUACGCUGUCGGCUCCAACUCAAAAACACUGAGAGUCUGUGCCUACUCAGAAACUCUGACCCCCAGUGGUUCUGGUGCAGUCAAGCAGCCAGCGGUGCGCUUCAGAAGGAACAAACACCAUAAGGGCUCAAUCUACUGCGUAGCCUGGAGCCACUGUGGACAACUGUUGGCUACUGGCUCCAAUGAUAAAUAUGUCAAAGUCCUGCCCUUCAAUGCAGAGAGCUGCAAUGCCACAGGCCCAGACCUGGAGUUCAGCAUGCAUGACGGUACCAUCAGGGACCUGGCCUUCAUGGAGGGCCCUGAGAGUGGAGGAUCCAUCUUGAUCAGUGCCGGGGCCGGAGACUGCAACAUCUACACAACAGAUUGUCAGAGAGGACAGGGUCUUCACGCCCUGAGCGGACACACCGGUCACAUUCUGACUCUGUACACGUGGGGAGGGUGGAUGAUCGCCUCUGGCUCCCAGGACAAGACAGUCCGGUUCUGGGACCUGCGGGUGCCCAGCUGUGUCCGGGUGGUAGGCACAACUCUGCACGGCUCAGGAAGUGCAGUUGCUUCGGUGGCAGUCGAUCCCAGUGGACGCCUGCUGGCCACAGGUCAGGAGGACAGUACCUGCAUGUUGUAUGACAUCAGAGGAGGCCGCAUAGUCCAGACAUACCGCCCCCACGGCAGUGACAUUCGCUCAGUGCGCUUCUCUCCUGGAGCCCAUAAUCUCCUCACCGGCUCUUAUGACAACAAAAUCAUCAUAAGUGACCUUCAAGGUGACCUAACAAAGCCCCUCCCUCAGACGCUGGCAGGGGAGCACUGGGACAAAGUGAUCCAGUGCAGGUGGCACCCCCAUGACCGGACCUUCCUCUCCUCCUCUGCAGAUCGAACUGUUGUCCUCUGGGCACCAGGCCCCUGAGUUAUUGACUGGAGAAACACUGCUUACCAGCAGCAGCAGCAGCAGCAGGAAGCACAAGAACACAGCAUCUGAAUACAUCCCAGCAUGGCAUCACUAACUGCUGCGGGGUGUGUGUAUAUGUGUGUGUGUGUGUGUGUGUGUGUGUGUUGCGUAUUAGUGUGCAUACAUAUCGUGAGCCUCAAGCUGAUUAUAUGCUGCUCAGUUUGGAGUUUAGUGUGUGCGUGUGUGUCUUGUGUCUGCAUAUGUAUAUGUGUAUAUAAAUUGUGUGACAGAUAUGUGUUUGAGGUCAUUUUAAAGGUCCCAGUUGUGUGUGUGUGUGUGUGUGUGUGUGUGGGUGCGCAUUUGCAUGCUACCGUUUAUGUCUUUGUUAGCAUGUGGCGGUGUGUGUGUGUGCAAGCAAACACAGCAUUGUAGAAAUAUGUGUCUGUAUUUGGCUUUGCAGUUUGAGAGUAAUUAAAGAAAAACAAAUUAACGCAGACUAAUAAGAACAUUUUGCUAAUGCCAUAAAAAGAGGAAACAUGGAGUGUUAAUGUGUCUAUUCAUGUGAGGUUCAGUACCUAUUUAGGAUGUGUGUGUGUGUGUGUGUGUGUGUGUUCAUUGAAUACCUAACCACUUUUCUAAGUAGAAUUACUUUACUUUACUUUGAAUAUAGAUUGACUAAUAAAGCCUGUGUUGAAAGGCAUGAGUACGUUCACUGCAAGCACACCUUCAAGUUACUUUAGUUCUUUUCUCACAAUGCCAGACUACAUUUUAGUCAGCCAUAAUCAGAACUUGGUACAAAACAUGAAGGUCACUUUAGAGGGAAUGUUGGUAGAACAUAAAGCACUGCUUUUUCCAUAGGAAGCAGUGAGCUGGACUCUUUAUGUUGUGGAAAGAAGCCACGUUUGGUUAUGCAUAUCAUAAUGUGCCUUUUUGUAACAUUUGUAGAGAUUUUCGGAUGUGUGUAUUUAUUGAGAGAUUUAUUUAUUUGCAGCUUUAUUUUGGUAUUUUCUCAUAUACCUUGUUAUCUGUAAAAUGUUUUGUAAUGUCGCAGAAAGUGAUCACAUUGGCUUUUGUGCACACUUCUAUAAAUUCCCAAUGUGUUUUUCCCUGAAUCUGUAAAUAUUGAAAAAGCCAGAGUAAUUAGCGCUUUACACAAAUGUAGAAAAUAAAUAAUGUUCAGGAAUUUUAGUGGAUAACAACAAGUCACUUUUAUAAAUGUGUCUCAGACAAAAAAAAUAGUUAUUUCAACAUUGUGUUCUAGAUAGACAACUUGGGGAUAAAUAAAUUUUGAGUCUAAAGUUUUAGAAACAUGUUUAUGUGGAUUCUGGCACAUGGAUUCACAGUGCUGACUCAGGUGGUUGUUAAUAAGCAGAUUCAUGGUCAUUUCAAAAGAUGAGCAAAACUCAGUGUAAAGUGAUUGGUUGAGGAAUAUGGAGUAUACUUUAAAAAGGAACAUAUUGCACGAAUGACAAAAUCUGUCUCUUAUACACGGCCAAAGAAAAUGUUGGCAGGCUAAACUCAAGAAUGGAAAAGAUGGUAACUUGGCGCUUGAAAGAUAGGAAUGCUGCUUCACUGCACAAUGUGUAAUGACAAAUCUGGUCACAUCUUUAACUUUUACAAAUAAGGAUCUGAUUUUAUCUUCACUUUAACUGAGCACCUAUGCAGAAACCGGAUGGAUGUGGGAGAGAAUUUAUAUCAUGAGUUAUCCUAUUAUGCGUCAUCUUUUACAUGAUCUGUGGCUCACAAUGGCAUACUCUGUCAUUUAAAACCUGUGUGGUUUUAAACAAUGUGCACACAAAUGUGUAAUGACAAAACAAUGAACUCUCAAAGGGUCAAUGGGGUUCAAACUGGUAAAAUGAUAAAAUAGUGGCUGUCUGAUAGCACAUGCUGUAAGUUAACUGAUGGAAUAAAGAUACAAUGUACCACCACACUG